AUGCUUCGGUCUCUUAUUUCUUGCAGACUGCUUUCGCUGUCGUCGUUACUUCGAAGCGCUGCUCCCGCAGUAUCUAGUGCCGCCAAGUCAUUACCGGACUUAACUUACCUCAAAUUCGAUUCGAACGCUUCGAAAGACCUUUAUGCCGUUUGCAAAAUUCACAAUAUUCCAUACAUGGUCACUAAGGGCGACAAGUUGAUCUUGCCAUACAGAAUAAAAAACCACGAGGUUGGUGAUGUGUUAAAGUUGAACAACGUCGUCACUCUUGGUUCCAGAAACUUCACCUACAACGACUUCAACGGUAUUCCCGAGGAGGCCUACGAAUUGACGGCCACCUUAGCAGAAAUCACCAGAGAGCCUAGAUAUGAGGUCGUCAGAAAGAAGCAAAGAUGCAGAAGGAAGAAGACUACUGUUGUGGAGCCUUUUCAGACACAUUUGAUCAUCAACGAGUUAAAGUUGAAAUAG